AUGCGUUUGCUACAGGUGCUUCUGCUUACGCUCGGCAGCUAUGUUUUCGCCGAAACUAAUCCGAACGCUAAAGUUCGGAUAUACAAUUCUGCGCUAAAAUUCUUGACGAAGGCUAUAACUCAAAUAGCAGAGACUGAGGUGGCCAAACUCGAGUUCCCGUUUAUCUCUGCCAACUUGACUGUUGGACCUGGUGAAGUGCAGUUCAACAGCAAUCUCGGCGCAGAAACUGAAGUGGCCAAGCUCGAGUUUCCGUUUAUCUCGGCUAACCUUACUGUCGGACCUGGAGAAGUGCAGUUCAACAGCAAUCUCGGCGUUGAAAAGUUCUCCAUGCCAAAACUCGACGCUUCACUAUCGGAAACAGAAGGCUUAGUGUUUAAAUCACAGAAUGGUAUUUUGCAAAUGAAAGGGAUUUGGCAAGCAGAAUUCAAACAUCCAUUCGAUUCCCCAGUUGAUACGACCUCGAAUGGCACAACACAUGUGUCAGUAGCUGAUUUGGAUAUAGCUGUCACUGCAAAAGCGGUAGCCGUCGAUUAUCAUCUGAAACUCGUCAUGGGAGAAUGUAAAGUGAAGCUGAACACCUUUGAUUAUAUCCUGGAGGGGGGCUAUAUGCCGGACUUGGCAAAUAUGUUCCAAGCUCUUACCACAACUUUAGUUAAGAACCUUAUUCGGGAGAUGACUUGCAAAGUUGCACGAGAUAUCAUUAUAAGCAAAUACAAUGAGUUUUUGUACUCUCUUCCUCUUCGUCAACCAAUCGGAUUUGACUUCUUCGUUGAUUAUGCGCUACAACAACCAAAAUAUACAAACAAUCUCAUUGAAUUCACUGCUGGAAGCAAAGUCGGAUAUGGCAAUCUUUCAUGUGAGGAACACACAAACGUGAUCGAAAACUUUGCGGAACAAGGACUGAGGCCAAAGAUGGCAGUUGUAUGGAUGGGAGAAAGUCUCUCAUCAUGUGUUUUUAAAAGCGUGCAUGAAUCACAGAUGAUCCAGAUCCCUAUCAACAAGAAUAGUCUCCCGGAUUACAAGGAUUACCUUAAAAUCAAUUGUGGAGCGCUUGCGAUGUGCAUUGGGAACUGGUUCCAAAGUUUCGUCAGCAAGUACAAGAAGAACGAAUACGCCGAAUUAAUUAUUCGCACCUACGAGGCACCAAUACUGAAACUAAUGAAAGGUUACAUUAAAGUCAAUGCCAAGAUUGCUAUGGAUGUGUACAUAUAUCCAAUCGAGAAGAAUCCCAAGAAACUUGCCACAUUGGGUAAGCAAAAAUGCGUGAUUUACUCGAAGGAGACCACAUUCACGAAAGGUUUUAGUACUUGA